AUGGAUGACUGUAAAGCCAUCUACACCACCACAUGCAUUGCAUUGAUGAAAUUGACAUCUUUACUAAUAUUGCAGCACGAAAAUGAGAUGAAGCAAGUCAAGACAAAGGUAAAAGAAAGGUUUUUGACAAGUGUGAAAUAUAUAGUACAAUAUAUAAUCCAAAUGAUGAAAAGUGAUCGAGAUGGAGCCUUGCCCUGGCCUUUCACGAAGCGUUUCACAUUUAUUCUUGUUGAUCAACAAGAUGACCUUAGUCAAAGAGAAAACAUUGAGGCCGAAUUAGUUCCAGAAGGAGAGAAACAUUUUAAAAGACCUAGGUAUCGCGAAAAUGAGGAAUGGGGAAUAACAGAAUUUGUUGAACAUUCAACUCUACAUACUCGUCAAUACAUUAGAGACCACACUGUAUUCGUCAAGAUUGUGGCAGAGCCAUGA